GCUACAGGCAGCCUCGCCAUCGACUACCUUAAUCACUUUCCCGUCCUGCAUUCCUCAACCAUCUCGAACCUCGCAACCAAACGUGAGACCCUUACUAAUAAGCCGUGCUGUGUCCCACCCGGCCCACUCCUAGCUCCGAAGCCUGUACGCCCUCAUUCGGUCCCAGCUUUAUUUUCUCUGCACUUCUGCUAGCAGAUAAACCCAGCAGCAUCUUGCCCGUAGAUCUGGCAGUAGCAGCAGCACCCACAAGCCGGAAUUGACGAUUGAUUGCGCACAUCUCCGCCGCCGCCGCCGCCGCCGCCUUCGCGCACCAUGGCCGACUCGGACGGCGAGUAUGUCGGCGACCUGUCGGACGACGACCUCGGCGACCACCACGUCACAUCGGCCGCCGACGGCACGUACGGAACACGCUCCAAGGCAAAGGGCGGGCCGAAACAGAAGGGGGGCGGCCGCAAAGCCAAGAACGCCCGCGGUAAGGCCGUUUGGGAGGAUAUACAGCGCUCUUGGGAGGAUGUGGUCGAGGGCGCCGACGGCCUCGUCUCGAGGGAAGACCACCUGCAGGCGGAGAGGAGGGCGCGGCUGCUCCGCGACACCACACCGCUGCAGCGUGGCAUAAUUCGCCACCUCAUGCUGGUGCUCGACAUGAGCUUUGCUAUGGCCGAGAAGGAUUUCCUGCCCAACCGCUACCUUGUCACCAUCAACUGCGCCGUCGAGUUUGUGCGCGAGUACUUUGAGCAGAACCCCAUCAGCCAGCUGGGCAUCCUGGCCAUGCGCGACGGCAUCGCCGUGCGCAUCAGCGACUUGACCGGCAACCCUGCCGAGCUCAUAGAGAAGCUGCGUGAGUGGGCCGAACAGCAGGAGCCUCUAGGUAACCCAAGUCUGCAGAACGCGCUGGAGAUGUGCCGCGGGGCGUUAUUUCACACGCCAUCACACGGCACGCGCGAGGUGCUCAUCAUCUACGGCGCGCUCAUGUCCAGCGAUCCGGGGGACAUCCGCGACACUGUCACUAGCCUCAUAGCGGACCACAUCAGAGUCACCAUAGUGGGUCUUGCCGCGCAGGUAGCCAUCUGCGCCGAGCUCUGCACGCGCACCAAUGGUGGCGACGAGAGCAAAUAUGCCGUAGCCCUGCACGAGCAGCACUUCAGGGAGCUAUUCCUUUCGGCCACGACGCCCCCCGUCACCCUCACUACCGAGCAGAGCAAUGCCAGUCUAUUAAUGAUGGGCUUCCCGAGUCGGACGCUCGCCUCGCGGGAUCACGUUAGCCUCUGCGCCUGUCACAACCGGCCGAGUCGCGAGGGCUACACGUGCACCCGCUGCCGUACCAAGGUCUGCCGGCUUCCCGCCGAGUGCCCCGUCUGCGGCCUCACGCUCAUCCUAAGCACCCAUCUGGCGCGCUCCUACCACCAUCUCUUCCCCCUGCGCAGCUGGGUCGAGGUGUCCUGGGCCGACGCGGCGCGGUCUACCGUCUGCUACUCGUGCAUGGCACCGUUUCCUAUCGAGUCUAAGGCUCGCUUAAAAGGCAAGGGCAAGGCCGCCGCUGGCGGAGACAGUGGCGCGGUCGGCUCAAACGUGCCAAAGGGCGUUAGCGAGAGCGGCCGAUACGCGUGCGAGGCGUGCGGGAACCACUUCUGCAUCGACUGCGACAUGUACGCGCACGAGAUCAUCCACAACUGCCCCGGCUGCCAGAGCGACACGCGCGAUUCUCUCGCGCUAGCGGCAGACGGCGAUGCUGAAGCUCACGGUGCGGCUAGUCACGCAAAGGGCGACGCCAUGGCGAUAGAUACGUAGACGAGCGCGGUUCAUUCAGCAACACGUUCCCGGUAUCCCUGAAUCCAUUAACUUACCAUACGCAGGCACGAGGGGGAAGGAGUGUGGGGGCGAAGGGGCUGGGUUUACUCUUGGCAUGGCGUUUUACUUUGCUUGUUAUUCUCCCAUCGUGUCUAUAAAACGGAGCGCUAGGCUUGCAAAGAUAGCAACAACAAGCUAGAGGGAAGUGGGACAGCCGCGACACGUCACUGGAAUACUGAAAACGCUGAAAAGGCGGCGCGGCGACGCUUGGCUUAUCUAGGCGUUUACUAAGGUACCUGUGUGGUACUUGUUUGGUAUAUUUGUACGUGUACAUGCAGAGUGGCAAAUUUAACGUAACCGCCCAUUUAUUAUAUCCAAACUUC